AUGAUGCAACUGUCAACUGCACUACCAACUGUCCAUGUUAACAAUGCUCAAAACUAUGUUUUUGUUCAAGCAAGGAAUGAAGUUAUGCGACUUGUUCCGCUUCGGAUUGAUGAGGUUCACUAUCAGCCAUCAGUCGUCACUCUAAUUGACCCAUGUUUUCAGCCCUUUCAAGGCCUUUCAGGUCAAUUCUCUUUCCUUGGCUAUGUCACUCAUGCUUAUCAUCUUUCACCACUCUAUUGGCCUGAAGAAUGUUGUGGUCUUGCUGACGAGCUCCUACAACAAGUGGGAUUGUUGGGCAUCAUAGAUGACAUUAGUAGAUACACAAUCUAUGAGGUUAUUGAGCAUGGUGGCGCCUCAAUUCUCGAGAAUACUAGGACACCUUAUUGUGGGGCCAGCACACAAAUGAAACUUGUGCCCAUGUGGAUGCUUCACGAGUUACACGACUUUCAGUUCUCCCUGGCAAUGUUCCCAUAUGGAUUCCCUCCUCCUGUCAAGCUUUCGGAGGAGUUAUCUUGGCAGCACUUUGAUCAAGUUACUCGGCAGUCGCUCCCUGGACCAUCGUUCCAUGACACGUCCCUCCACCUGCCCUUAGAUUUUGAUUAUGAUCCCUCUGUGUUUGACGUAACCACAGCAUCAACUUUUUCUGGCGUACUCACACCUGCUUUGGAGGAGGAGGGUGAUGGCCUCUCGAAUGCUGUGAUCCUCCCUGCUAAUCAUCCUUUCGAUGGGACACAACUUCCUCACAAAGACCUCCAUUGGAGACAAAACUCACGAGAGGAUCCACUGAGCAAUGGCCAGAGGACAAUGCUCAAAAGUUUGAUGAUAGACUCACCUUGGGCACGCCCAUAUAAGUUGGCAAGAUACCUUUAUGUAGGGUGUUUAUUGGUCGGCAUACCUGCCAACCCCUUUAAUAUGCCUGAGCUGGUGUCGAGGCAGUUUAUUACAACCAGUUUUUUGAAAGCUCUGUUUUUCACUGGUCAAACAUACGAAUCAUUGUGUAAUGAGAAGUUGAGGGUCACAGACAAAGCUGGGAGGGAGACCCUCAUGGAUUGGUCAUAUUUGCGCAAUAGAUUCCCGGACUUAUACAUAGAAUUUACUUCUGAGCUACGUAAGGUCACCAGAGGUAGCAUGAAUGUUACGGAUGGAUUCAUGACCCACGAAACCCACCGGAAACAGAAGAUCCUCGACUUGAUUAGUUAUCUACAAAAAGGUGUUGUCGGUGUACUCAGCACCCUCAUGUUUCAAGGGUUAACUCAUCCCCCACAAAGCAACUCUCACUUGAAGGCUCCUGCACUGUUUCCUAUCAUCAUGACUGCCCUCGAUAACAUGUACAAACAUCCAGGUGACUUCAGCGUCUUCUUCAAGGAAGCCCAUGAGCUUCUUUUUCUCAAGGAGGAAAAUGUCUUAGUUUUGGAGCCUAAGCAUGGAAUUCCCAAAGUAAUGUCAGAUGGCUGGAGGAAGACCCUUGAAGACGUCAGGCCCAUAGAAGUCAAGUCUGUCGUAGAUUUCAAAGUCCCCAACGCAGAAUUUGCCUUUCCAGUUACUGGCAUGGCGCAGAUACACAUUUCCUACUUCAAACCGUCGACUAUCUCACUUUGA